ACAAAAACAAAUAAAAGGCCAAGAGCUGGAAUAGAGGACGAGUUCCAAGAGAGAAUUAUCUUGAAUCAUUGGUCCCAGUUUGAGUUUGAGCAGUCCUUACAGGAAGUCUAAGCUCCACAGAUUAUCCUCAGGACUUGGUGGCUCAGAUCUGAAUACCAUAGUCCAUAGCCAUUGUUUUAUGAGCUAGCCACAUGCAGUCUACUAGUGUCUUCUUGUUUCCAUUCUUGCUAUAUUUGUGUCACCUCAAAUGUCAUUCUAGGGACAUCAUAACUUCAGACAACUUAUUACGCAAUGAAGGGGAAACUCUUGUGUCAGCUGGAAAGAUAUUCGAGCUUGGAUUCUUUAACACUACAUCCGAUGAUGGAGAAUUUAGAACUUAUGUUGGCAUAUGGUACCGGGCGAGUCCCGAAACUGUCGUGUGGGUUGCCAAUAGGGAUAACUCAAUUCCAAUAUCAGCUGAACUUUUGGUCGUUGCUUUUCAUGACGAUGGUAAUCUCAAAGUGUUGGACUCAACGGGGAACUCUUAUUUCUCAACAGAUCUUGCUAGUGCACCUUCUUCUAAGCGUACAGCAAAGCUCUUUGACUCAGGAAACUUGGUUUUAAUUGAUGAUUUGUCAGGCAAGAGAUUAUGGCAAAGUUUUAACUACACCACUGACACCUUCCUUCCUGGUAUGAAAAUGGACGAUGAGUUGAAGUUAACUGCUUGGGGGGUUACCCAAAAGGAUCCUAGCACUGGAAAUUACACAUUUCAGCUGAAUCCAGGAGGCAACUCCGAGUAUGCCAUACUCCAAAGGACAGUCCUACGCUGGAAAGGCUCUGCUCCUGCGGCUUCUGCUAAUCCUUUUAGUUUCUGGGAACUGCCUCCUUUUGUGGUAUCAAUGUUAUCCAAUUCCAGUAAGGAGUCUGACUCAAGCCCUCAAUCAACGCCUAAUACUUCUCAUGUGCCUUUCUUUAAUAAAACAAGGACUGAUAAUAUUGCUUCUGUGUCAUACACAAGGCUAGUGAUGAAUUCCUCAGGGGAAAUACAAUUAUAUGGAUGGGAUGACAAGAGUAGAGGGUGGUUUGAGAUGUGGUCAGAACCACAAGGUCCAUGCGGUGUGUAUAACACUUGUGGGAAAUUUGGAAUUUGCAACAGUGAGAUAAUGCCUUUGUGCAAGUGUUUGCCAGGAUUUGAUCCUGCUUCUCCAGAUGAUUGGAUGGCUGGGAAAUAUACUGGUGGUUGUUCAAGAAAGUCAGAUAGUAAUUGCAACAAAAAGUCAGAAUUCGACACGUUCUUAAAUAUGCAUGCUAUGAAAUUUGAGGAGCCAGACCUGUUAUAUUCAGAGGCUAAAAGUGAAGAAGAUUGCAGAAAGGAGUGUCUAGGAAACUGUAACUGCCUAGCAUAUUCUUAUUUUGAAGUUGCUAAACCACGGAGAGGAAUAUCUAGCACGGAAACAGUAUCUAGAUGCUCGAUUUGGACGAGUGACCUCAACAAUCUUCAGGAGGACUAUACUGGUGGCUUCAACCUCUCUGUCCGUGUAGCAAUUACCGAUAUUGGAGCAAUAAGAAGGAGAAAUUGCAAGCCUUGCGGCCCAAUCAUUAUACCUUAUCCAUUGAGCAGUCAACCAGAUUGUGGGGAUCCUUUGUAUUAUAGUUUCUCUUGUGAUGAUUUAACUGGAGAAGCAAGUUUCCAGACACUGAAUGGCUCCUAUCCCGUCAUUGACAUAUCUAAGGAAAAUAGAACAUUUGUUAUAGAAGUGCAUGUAGAAAAUGUUACUGAUUCAUGUGAUACCAAAACCAAAGCUGUAUGGCUCAACCGGUCAUUGCAUUUUCAUCCUAUAAACCAGUGUUACGAUGGAAAAUUACAAAAUCUCAGUUCUGGUGGAGUUAUAAAUGAAAUACAGAUCAUGUGGGAACCACCAUCAGAACCUACAUGCACUACUUCUGCAGACUGUGAGGAUUGGCCAAAUUCAAGUUGCGGCAACAUCACGGGACAAGGACAAAAAAGGUGUCUAUGCAAUCAACACUUCAAAUGGGAUGGUUUAGCAUUAAAUUGUACCAAAGCAAGUUCAAUUUCUUUUGGUUCAGAGCAAGGAGCAUGGAGUGGAAAGAAGGCAGCAUCGCUGAAUCUCAAAGCCCUGAUAAUUUCCAUCAGUCUAACUGCUGGAAUUAUAACCAUGUGCUGCAUUAGCUAUGUAAUCUACCGUAACAAAAAGGUGGCAAGAAGAAAAGCCGAGGAAAUAAUUGUAGGGAAUAGGAUAGAUUACUUGCCCGAGAGCGAAAGUUCAUCUAAAUAUGUGAUAACAGAAGAUGAUAAGAAACGGAUCGAUGUCCCAUUUUUCAACUUGAAAAGCAUAUUAGUCGCUACGGACAACUUCUCAGAUGCAAACAGGCUUGGUCAAGGCGGAUUUGGCCCUGUUUACAAGGGUAUGUUCCCUCAAGGACAAGAGAUGGCAGUGAAGAGGUUGUCAAGUCAUUCUAGUCAAGGUGCUGAAGAAUUUAAAAACGAAGUAAUGUUAAUUGCCAAGCUCCAACACAGAAAUCUAGUCAGACUUUUGGGCUACUGCAUCGAGGCAAACGAAAAGAUUUUAUUAUAUGAAUAUAUGCCCAACAAAAGCUUAGACACCUUCAUAUUUGGUCAUGCUCUACGCCAGUUAUUGGAUUGGAAUAUCCGUUUCGACAUUAUAUUGGGCAUUGCUCGUGGGCUUCAUUAUUUGCACCAUGACUCAAGGUUACGUAUCAUUCAUAGAGAUUUAAAGACGAGCAACAUUUUAUUAGACGAAGAGAUGAAUGCAAAAAUAUCAGAUUUUGGCUUGGCCAGGAUUGUCGAAGGCAAAAGCAUAGAGGCUAACACACAAAAAAUAGCUGGAACUUUUGGCUAUCUUUCACCAGAAUAUGCAUUGGAAGGACUCUUUUCAAUCAAGUCUGAUGUUUUUGCCUUCGGGGUGGUUGUAUUGGAAAUCAUUAGUGGGAAGAGAAAUCUGGAACUUUUUGAAGGCACAAACCUCUUGGGUCAAGCUUGGAAACUAUGGAUGGAAAAUAGGGCAUUGGAGGUGAUGGACCCAAUUCUAGUGGAAAAAUUCAAUGAAACCGAAGCAUUGAAGUGCAUAAACGUAGCACUUUUAUGUGUGCAAGAAGAUUCAGGUGAUCGGCCCACAAUGUCAAAUGUGAUAGUUAUGCUUGGGAGCGAAAACAUGGCUCUUCCAAGACCAAAUCAACCAGCUUUUGUCACAAGAAGAAAUACAACAUCUAGCACAUCGUCCUCCUCUUAUUUUAAGCCAGACACCGGCUCCAAUAAUGAAUUGACCAUCACUGUUGAGCAAGGCCGAUAAUGUACUAAUUCAUGAAGCGUUUUCUAGUAAAUUUUGAACGUAGGAUAUGUAAAAUACAUAUUCAAAUACUUCAAACAUUACUUAACCUUAGUGUGGAUAUUCUUGAUUUUGCAUAGAAUGGCUAUAGUUGUUUGGGAUUAUAUGAAAAAAUAUCUCGAGCCAUGGACAA